GAACAUCAUAAAAACAAAGACAAGGCUCACUUCAGACGUUUCAACAAUUUGCUGUGUUUUUUACCACAAGCAAGAACCCAGUGUCACAGAUGGAAGACAGAAAAGCUGCUGGCCCCUCCAGAGCUGCCAGGCAGGGACGCUGGUGGCGUCUGAGACAGCGCUGGAGGAUGGUGGGGGUGUUUGAGAUCAACCCAGAGCAUGAGUUUUACCAACUGACAUCCAUGAUAAAAGAAGGCAUGCAUUCUUCAAUACAGACCACAAUGGACACAUCAGGCCAGGAUACACCUGCAGCUGAACAAUUCGCGGCAGAGGAAACUCAAACUCAUGAGGGUUUUCAGAUGCAGACAUUUGCAGCAUCAGUGUUUGCUCAACAGAGGCGUUCUCUGGACAUCACAGAGGAGGAGUACAUGAACUCCCUCUGCUCAGACCAAUGCUACCUGCAGUUUGUCAGUAACUCCAAGAGCAAGGCAGAUUUCUUUGUCACGAAUGAUAAGAGAUUCUUCUUGAAGACGCAGAGCAAGCGCGAGGUCAGCUUCCUGCUGUCCAACCUGCAGGCAUACAUGGCCCAUCUGGAGAAAUACCCUCACUCACUGAUGGUGAAGUUUCUGGGUGUCCACAGGAUUGUUAUCCCUAAUCAAAUAAAGAAAUACUUUAUUGUGAUGCAGAGCCUGUUUUACCCUGAUGACAGGAUCAAUAUCAGAUAUGAUAUAAAAGGCUGCGAAGUGGGUAGAUGGUCUAACCCUGACACAGGCGGGAAACAAAUAAUAAAAGUGUUGAAGGACAAUAACUUUGAAGGGCAAACCAUUGCAUUUGGUCAAGAGAAAUCCUGGUUUGCCCAUCAAGUGAAAGUGGACGCUGCCUUCCUUCAAGAACUCAAUGUGCUGGACUACAGUCUGCUGCUGGCCCAGCAGCCUCUGCACAGAGACGAGCUGGACGGGAAGCAUUCAUUGGCUAACCUCGUUAUUCGCACCACAAAGUCUUUGGACUUAGACGAUAGUCCCACAGGUUCAGACCCGCCAACCGUACCUUUACUGAAGGAGACCCUGGGUGAAGAGGGGUCAGUCCAGCCCCAGGCAGCAGCUGGGGAAGGGAUCCCCCUCCAGGAGAUAGGCUGCCCUGAGAAAGAAACCAGGUCUGACUCUGAACUGCAGGAGUUCCAUGAACAUCAUCGUAGGCUUCUGCCCAACUGCAAAAAUAGCAAUCAUGUGAUUGAUGGGCCAGAACAACGCUACUUUGUGGGCAUUAUAGACAUUUUCACUGUCUAUGGCUGGAAAAAAAGACUGGAGAACAUGUGGAAAAGCCUCCGAUACCCAGGCAGGGCCUUUUCCACAGUAAGCCCUGCCAAAUACUCACGCAGAUUCUGCCAGUGGAUUCAGGACCACUCUCAGUGACACAAUGCCAUGGCAGCUCUGCAGAGUUUCUCUCAAUAAGAACCCACUUGUCUCCUCAAAUGCUACUUCAAUUGUAGCCCUGAUCACCUUUUGUUUUUUGCAUAAACAAAUAAUUUUGUUCCCUAAACUUUCAAAAGCAAUAACUUUUGUUGCAUUUUGUUUUGUUUCAAUUUUGAACAAUAACUGAGUGUCUAAACUGCGACCACAACCCAGAACAAAUUGUUGUCCCUGGAAAUGUAAUUGUGUAUGCAGUUUAGUUGUAGCAGUUUGUUGUUAACAUCCUUUUGUAGGAGGAAUAGUUGAUCAGAGCACAGAGAUCGGGGGUACAGCAGUGAAAAGGGAAUGUUUUGUAUUGGCUGCAUGGGCCAGUCUGAUCUGCAUGCACUGAUAAAUACUUUUAAUAGUGUGUGUACUCAGGGGCCUCUCCAACCAACUCGCAGUUGGUGUUAUGAAGUGCCUGAAGAGUCUGAUCCUUUUCCUGUGGUUAAAGGUGUCCUUCAUUAUGGAGUCAGCAUAUCUUUAAUUUCCCCUGAACCAUUCAGAGGGAAACCUUCUGGGCCUGCUGCAUUAUUUUGUUUUAAUUCAAUUUUUUUGUAUUCCUUAUCCAUAAUUAGAUUGUUGUUGUCCCUCACCAUUUAAAUGUAAUCACAUCAACAAUACCUUGAUAUAGGUUUUGUCUAUUUGAGUGUUUGCAUAUACAUUUUAUAAAAGUUUACCGAUAGCAACAUGCUAGCUGUGUUUGAAACUUGUUUUAGGGUCCUUUAUUUUAUAAAUUGUGUUUUGUGCCUGUUGCUUUUUUGAUCUGUUUGCAAGAUUUCCCUCCUGUUUCAUUAUAUCUUUGUUUUCAAAAUAACCGUUUAAAAAAAAUGUAAUUUAAUUGGUAAUUUUCCAUUUUUGUUUGUUGAUUAAAACGUUUCUCAUGUAUACUU